UAAAGUAUACGUUGCAAGUUUGACAAAAUCAAGGACUUGAAAAUCUUAAAGAAUCAAAACAGACGAAAUCAAAAAAGUAAAUAUUCAAAACGAAACAAAAGAAUGAAUGGGACAUGAUCAUCUUCUCUAUCCAGAGAAGGAAUUCCAUCCAAUUAUUUAAUGUGAGAAGCUUUCUCACGUUUCAAAGUUAGUGAAGGAGAUUACUCCUUAUCAAAAGAUAAGGUUAAAAAUCAAUUUAGGUUAUAUACAUUUAAUGGUUGUAAUAAACCAAAAUAUAAAAACUACAACCGACAACAUAGCAAUUAAAAUAUUUAAAUAAAAACAUACUUACUCCAACAGGGUCAUCCAAUAUCAUUGGUGCUGUUUAAUUUUUCAUCGCUUUGUUGUAAAAUUUUGAUGGCGGUGGAUCGACAUCGGAGAAGAUGGUGGUCGGAGGACACGGUCGCGAUAGUGACCGGAGCAAACAAAGGAAUAGGGUUUGCAGUUGUGAAGAGGAUGGCGGAGUUGGGAGUGACGGUGAUAUUAACAGCCAGAGACAAGGAAAGGGGUUGCAAGGCUGUUGCGGCACUCAGAGCUCAAGGUCUUCAUAAUGUAACCUUCUCUUGCCUUGAUGUCUCCGAUCCUUCUUCUAUCAAAUCUUUCACUUCAUGGUUCAAAAAAAGCUAUGCAGUACUGGAUAUUCUUGUGAACAAUGCAGCUGUGUCUUUUAAUGAUAUCAAUGAAAACUCGGUGGAACAUGCCGAGAUAGUGAUGAAAACCAACUUCUAUGGACCUAAGUUACUAACUGAUGCCCUCUUGCCCAUGUUCCAUCAUAGCACCUCCUCCGUUGGUCGGAUACUUAACGUUAGCUCCAGACUCGGCUCACUAAAUAAGCUAAGAAACCCUAGCACAAAACGAGUUCUAGAAAGCGAAACACUGUCGGAAAAUGAUAUCGAGGGGGUGGUUAGUUUGUUUCUUGAAGACGUCAAGAGCGGCAGAUGGAAGAGCCAAGGGUGGCCUAAAGUAUGGACCGACUAUGCUGUGUCAAAGCUUGCACUCAAUUCAUACACAAGAGUUUUGGCCAAGCGAUAUGAGGGGAGGGGUCUGAGUGUGAAUAGCUUCUGUCCCGGCUUCACGCAGACAUCUAUGACUCGUUGUAAGGGCGACCACACAGCCGAUGAUGCCGCUAGUGUUGGCGCAAGGCUGGCAUUGCUUCCUCCUGAGGAGAUUCCAACGGGGAAAUUUUUUUUGUGGGUUAGUACUAGUGGUAAUGUCAUACCCUCUAAAUUGUAGCUACUCUCUAUGAGACAUUACUUAUUGAGGCAUUUAGAUUUAGAUGCCAUAUCUAUUUUAUCAUAUUAGUGUUGGAAAAUAUUAGUAUUUUAGAUUUUGGGUUCCUUGUGAGUUUAAGGUUUGGCUUCAGCCCGUUCGAGUUAGGAUUUCGUUUACUUAUGUAUUAGGGAUUAGGUCAUAAUAAAUACAUGUUAUUUGUUAUUUA